AUGCUCGAAAACCAAGCAGCAGUCGUUGAUGCAGAGCUCGCCGAACCCAACGCUCUGUCUACUUCACAGGGCAAGAAUGAACCGGUGCCUUUUCUAUUCAAAGAAAAGAACACACUGCUUCGGGAAAAGAUUGGCGAAAACGAGAAAUACAGAGAUAUCCUGAUUCAGAUGGUCAAGAGGCGUCUUGAUGCUCUGUUGCCACCCGAAGCCAGCAGCAAGGGUGCUGGAGAACAUGCAGGCGAAGUGACAAACACCAAAAACGCCAACCACCCAAAUAGCCUCCUUACCGCUAGUGCUCUAAGCAAUCUUUCAGUAGAUUCAGAUCACCAUAGACUCCUCAAGUCAGUUACCCCCAAAAAAACACUUCAGCACAUCUCCUUACCAUACCCAGCCUACCCCACCCCCCUUACCACUCCCUUUCCUCUCCUCCGAACUGUCCCCCGACAAAGCGAGAUAAGUCCCAUAUCUUCAACCCACCACCCAUCGACCGCGAACAGCAACGCCGCAUCCGCAUCCAAGAACGCGAGUACCUCACCGCCAAGCUGCACAUUGGAGUGGGAGCGAGAACAGUACUUGUGCAUGCACAAACGCUUGCGCCCGCGCACCCAUAAGGAACUCGCCAAGCAGUCUGGCGAUGGGGUGCAGGGAGGUAAAGUCAUGAAGGAAAAGGGAGACGUGAAACUUAAGCGGCGGAAGCACAAGGAAUGGAAAAGGCUCGAUCGAGAGGUCACCGAGGGUUUGCUUGAGAGGCUUGAGGUUAAUCCUGUGAUUCGCGAGGAGACGGAUGACCAGGUCUGA